UCGCUUCUACACUUGUUUUCCCCUUCUCCCCCCCCCUUUUUUUUCUCUUUUGAUAAAUAUUCUGGUUUUGACGUGCUCCUGACUCUUGUUACUUGUCUUGACCCCUGGGCGACAGAUGGAGCAGAGUGAGAGUGGCAAUCCCACCACAGCCACUGCUCCUGCUGCAGCGGCAGCCCCGACCAGGCCGUCCAUCAGCUUCAACAGCAGCACAAACAGCUACGUGCGCAACGUCGAUGCUUCCGCUGAUGCCGCCGAUGCCGAUGCCGAUGCUGCAGCAGACGAUCGUGGCGGUAGUGGUAGUGGUUACUCAUCACGAAGCAGGCACAGGCGCAGAGACACUGGCUCGGGCUCUGCUGCUGCCGGCUCAAGAUCAGGCCAAGGCGCGGGUGCUGCUGGCUCUGGAGGAUUUCGCCGCGAUGAGCGUGUCUCAUCAUCAUCGUCGUCGGCGUCGUGGCACGACCGCUCGCGCAAUGGCGGUGAUGAUCGUCGAGACUCGCAUCGACGCAAGGACAGCGGCGAUCACCACCACUACCAUCGCAGUGGGUCGCGCUCCACGCAUCACGACAGCAGGUUUGAGAGUGGGAAUGGCAGUGCUCGUGGCCAUGGCCAUAGUGGUAACAGUCAUAACAGUGGCAGCAGCGAUGCUGCUCAUCGCGAUCGACACGACGAGCGAGACCGAGACCGAGGCCGCGAACGCGACGAACGCGACGAACGCGGCGAACGCGGCGACGACCACGACCAAAGCAGGACCUUCACCACAGCGAGCAGUGACCCUGCGGCCCACGGUGGCAGCAUCAGCAGCGGCAGCAGCGGCGGCGACGGCAGCAGCAACGACAUUCUCAGCCAGCAGCAGCAGCAGCAGCAGCAACGGCGCACCACCACGACGACGACGACGACUGCCGGCGCUGAUCCUCUGGUGCUGCACGCCGAGCCCAGCACCCAGGAUCGAAGCAAAGUCCAUGGCGAGCAUGCUGCCGAGGCUGCACACGACCGGCUCCAGCCGCACGACUACCACGCGCAGGUUGGCGCAAAUCUGCGAUCUCUCAACGACAACGACGAUCGCGCUGCCGCGACUGCUCUUGGCCCGUAUGGCCAACAUGGUCCCUAUGGCCAUCAUGGUGCUGAUGCUGGAACUGUGUUUGCGACCGGCAGCGUCGACCCCGUCGCAGCUGCAUUGGGUGUUGCUAGUAUGAGCGCUGGUGCUGCAGGUUUUGGCUUUGUUGCCACCGAUGCCUCGAACGACGUGGACGAUGCUGUCGUUGCAUUGGCAGCCGCGGCAGCCACAAACGACGUGGUGAUUCCUCUGUCAGCCGUCAUGCAGCACGGACAGGAGAAGCGACGCGAACGCAAGUGGAACGGAACAACAAGUGCGCCACCGCCGCCGCCACACAACCGACACGACGAGGGAUUGCAUCGCAAGUUCAGAGGUGGAGGUCGCGGUCGCAGCCCAGGGCGUCGACGGAGUCGCAGUCGCAGCCCGAGCCGUAGUCGUAGCCCAAGCCGUAGCCCAAGUCGGCAUCAUGGCCGCUCGCACAACCGUGAUUACCAUCGCCGGGGUCGCAGCAAAAGUCCUCGUCGAAGCCGGAGCCGCAGUCCUCGUGACCGCAGUCGUAGUCCCCAUCAUGCGUCCAGCCGAGGGCAUCGCAGUGGUCGCGCUGCCUCGCAGUCUCCGCCACCACACACCACCAGCAGCAACAAGGGAGACGAUUCAAACAUGACAGCAGACCCGAACGAGAGCGUCUCUGGCGCACACCCACCAUCGGCGACAACACAUGCUGAACCGACAGGAGCCGCUGACAAUCCCGAGAAGGACGUGCCAGCGGACUCAAAGUCAAGCUCGAAACAGCAAUCUCGAGGCCUUCCCUCCCACCGUGACUCCAAAAGCUCGUCCUACAAGCGGUCUGGCGAGUCCUCUAGUCGCUUUGGCUCACGUCGAGAUACAUAUGGCAGGAAGCGCACUCGCUCUCCCUCACGAUCCCGGAGUAGAUCGCCAACGUCGCGCGCGCGCUCCCAUUCGCGAUCGCCCUCACGCUCAAGAUCACCGCAUGAUGACCGUAGGAGUCGCCACGGAGGAGAUGACGCUGGUCGUGAACGCGCACGGCAGCGACGCGAGAAGGAUGCCGAACCCGCUGCGAGCGAGCAAGAAGGCCAAGAUACAGCUGCAGCUCUCCCUCGUACAGGCGAAGACGAUGUCGCUGCCGCUGUCGCUGCCGACGGCGACGCAGCGUCUGCGGACAUGCCUGCAGCGUCCAGCGAAGAAGCUCGUCUGCGUGAUUUGGAACUGCUCGAGCUCGAGCGCGAGCGCGACCGCAAAAAGUCUCGCGACCGCCACCACGACUCGGACUCUGGCUUUAGCGAUCGUCGCGGGAGCAGUCGAUCCGACCGGCGGCACACUGAUGAUCGCCGGCGCGAUGACAGCAGGUCGCACAGAGACGAUGGCGGCCAUCGCCGCGACUUUGAAGACCGCACCCGGUUUGGCAAAAGUGCCCGCGAGUACCGCUUUAUCAGCAAGAAUUCGGGCGGCAACGACGCAAUGAGCCCCACUCGUCGCGGCGAGGCGGCCAGUUCCAGCGGGUCCUUCCCGCCUCCACCGGCAGGUUUUGCACACCCUCAAUCUGCUGGGGGGCCCAUGUACCAACCGAACGCGUUCGACAAUCCCGCCGCUGCCGCCGCCGCAGCCGCCGCCUCCGCCUAUGCGCAGCAGUAUCAGCAGUAUCAACAAUACCAGCUCCAACAAUUCCAAUUCAUGCACCAGCACCAGCAAGCCGCAAUGGCGAUGGCUGCCGCUGCUGCUGCGUCGGGCUCGUACGGGUUUCCCGGCGUCGGAACCGGGGGCGGCAUGCCGGACGCUGCCGCACAAGCGCAGUAUCAGGCACUCAUGCAGUAUCAAUUACUUUUCCGGCAGCAGCAAAUGCUGCAACAACAGCAGCAGCAGCAACAGCAGCAGCAACAACAGCAACAACCGCAACAAGAGCUUCCACCUCAGCAGCAGCAGCAAUCAUCCGACGCAACCAAUUCAACCAACACCAAUCCCGUCACUGCGACAGGCGACACUACGGCGGUACCCGCAGACGCUAGUGCUGGCGGGGCUCCAGCUAGGCGUGUAUGGCAACCCGCGUUUGUGGAAGACGCAUACGUCAUUCUCGAGCAAGUCGGGCAAGGCGCCUAUGGCAAAGUGUACAAGGCGAGCAACCGCGCGACGGGCGAGAUUGUUGCGCUCAAGCGUAUUCGUCUGGACCGCGAGAAGGAGGGCUUUCCCGUGUCGGCCGUUCGCGAAAUCAAUCUGCUUCGUCGCCUCCGUCAUCCCAACAUUCUGUGCUUGAAGGACAUUGUGACUGAACGCUCCGAUGAUGCCGCGAGCAGUCCGUCCCCCAAGCCGUCCGAGUUGUCUGGAGGUGAAGGCGGCCAUGCGACCUCAGCGACGGCAUCCGUACGCGCCGACCCAGUCGUCGAGUGGUCGCGAAACUCGCCCACCAUGCAGCGCAUUUUCCAGCAAUCAGGCCCUCCGCGCCCGCGCCCAAAGCUUUCCGAUAGCGUCUACCUCGUGUUUGAGUACAUGGACCACGAUCUUUCCGGCCUGCUCCAUUCAGGCCUGAUGCAGUUUUCGGUCGACCAGGUGCGAUCCCUCAUGUACCAAAUCAUACAGGGCGUCAACCAUUGCCAUCAAAACAACAUUUUCCAUCGCGAUCUCAAGGGAGCCAAUUUGCUCGUCAACAAGCAUGGCGAGGUCAAGCUGGCCGACUUUGGCCUUGCGCGCGCCUUUAUUGAAGAGCGUCGCGCCUACACAAACGAAGUCAUCACACUCUACUACCGGCCUCCAGAGCUCCUUCUCAAGGAGACUGAAUACGGCCCGGAGGUUGAUGUUUGGAGCUGCGGAUGCAUCCUGGCUGAAAUGCUCGGAAAUCAAGUCGCUUUCCCAGGUCGAACUGAGACGGAGCAACUUGAUUUGAUUGCGCGGGUUUGUGGCACUCCCUGCGAAGAGAAUUGGCCAGGAGUGUCCAAUCUGCUGCAGCAGACUACUUUCAAGCGGCAGUAUCCGCGACGACUACAUGAGCACUUUCACUCAUUCCCUCCGGAUGCGCUUGAUCUUUUGGACAAACUCCUCGUGUUGGAUCCCAGGCGACGAAUCACCGCGGCCGAGGCGUUGAAUCAUCCCUUCUUUACUCAGGUUGCGUUCCAAAUCUACGCAACACUGCCGACGGAUUUGGAUUGCCACGAGUUCGUCACGAAAAAACUCAAGCAAAAACCCAAGCCCCAAUCAGAGAGCGAGCCCCAGGCAGGCGAUGCUUCAAACAAGCAACCGUCUUCCUCCAAGCCAUCUGGCGAUGCUACUGACGCCCCUGUCUCGAUGACAGUUGAUCAAGAUAAUUCGAGUUCUGAAGCAAAGAGCAUGGAUUUGUCGACUUGA